AUGCCUGCCUACAACUCCGUCUUCAACUCGGAGCCCAACCCGCGCCUCAUCGGCAACUUCCCGCUGCUCCCUCUGCGCACCAAGGUCCGCGGCCCGGCCUACACGCUCCCGCUCCCGAACCCGCCACUGCCCGCCGCCGAGUCGCCGGACCCGGACUCGGACAGCUACGACAUCCUCGACGAGGUCAUCUCGCUCUUCCGCGCCAACACCUUUUUCCGCAACUUUGAGAUCCAGGGCCCGGCGGACCGCCUCCUCAUCUACGGCAUCUGGUUCCUGAGCGACUGUCUCACGAAGAUCAAGCCCAAUGCCUCGGUGCGCGAUGCGCAAAAGGACGUCAUGAACCUGGCGCUGGAUCUGCACUUUGCGCUGCCGGGUGACCCUGCGUGGCCCCUGAACCAGAUGUACGAGCCGCCCCGCGACCGACAAGACGCCGAGCAGCUCCGCCAGUACAUGGCUCAGAUCCGACAGGAGCUCGCAGCGCGCAUACUCGCCCGCGUCUACGAGGAGGACGACGCCAAGCCCAGCAAGUGGUGGCUGAGCUUUACAAAGAGAAAGUUCAUGGGCAAGGCGUUGUAA